AUGGAAAAAGCAACUUUUCAAAGCCAUAAAUCGACACCUGAUCGCGCCCAGCUGGACGAUGACGCACCUCCGAACCGCCUUGUUGAGAUUGCGGACUUCUUUCCGGACAACCUCGUUGUCAGAUAUUUUGUAGCACCAUUUGCCAGACACUUCUACAAGACUCUCCUAGCGCUCAUGAUUUUCAUCUAUGGCUCGCUUAUCACAUGCAACCUUUGGAACGACGAAAAAGCUUGUGAUCGAAGGUUUAACUCGUUGGUCUUCUUUGUGGGACUUGGAUUUGUUGUAUUAACCGGCUACACGGCUUACCUUCGAAGGAAGCUCGAGAGGCAGAAGCGAUUGGCGCAGGAGUUUUAA